AUGGACGUCGACACGCACAAUAGCCAGUCCUUGGAGACUUACCCUGUCAUGCUGGAACAAAAGAGUCUGCGAGAGCUCAUCUUAGCCCCUUUAAAGCGGCGCAGUGACGUGCGCACAAUGAUAAUUUGCACAGAUCAUGUUUCAAGGGACGGCCAAGAUGACGAUAGCAUUACUGACACACACGACUACAGUAACGGCGACAGUGACACUAAGCACUUUGAUGCCGAACGCGACGAUGUUGCCACUGUCGCAAGCCCGGAUCCAGGUGCUUAUUGGAGCUGUCUGCUAGAUCAGGAAAGGUUCACCUCGGGCCUUGACCUGGCCUACCUGACCGACGCCAUGAAACAACUCCCCAACUGCAAAAAGAUUCACAUCAGCGACACAUGUACCACUUCUGGCGCGGUGAUGCUAAAAGAUAGGAUCGGAACCCGGCUAUGUAAAGGUUUCGACCCGUAUUCUCGGUACAGCAAACAUUUUGUGAUGCGAGUAUUAAGGACGACAUUGCUCGCGAUCUCUGGAAGCGGCAUUAAAGUGGUAGAACUCGACAUCUGCCUUGGCCUUGCAAACGAGGGCGGCCAACACUCCAUUACCGACGAUGUCUUUCACCUUCCUGACGAGUAUCGGCUGUUGUUGCGCCAUGGCUUUACGAACAUAAAGAAAUUAAGGCUAGUUGUGAACACGCAGAACGACGAAGAUUGGGAUGAGAAUGUCUCUGAAUUUAUUAAACUUUUCCCAAACUUAUCGCUUUUAUGGUUGCGUGUAGCCAAUCAUGAUACUAGUGUCGAGUUCUCAUGCCUCACCGAGGCACUACAGGCCCUACCAUUGGAGGUAUUCGAACUAGUCAAUUGCUCAACUACGCAGGAGAACCUAAUGCCGCUGCUACUUCAUAAUCAGACGACACUAAAGGAAAUCGUUCUCAACAAAGUCAAUAUUGAACGUGGUACGAACGGGACCUGGAAUUGGGUAAAAAACCACCUGCGAACCGAGCUUCCGAGAUGUUCGCUGGACUUCCGAGAUUGUCGAGUCGCAGGAAAAGUUCCUACCUUGCCUAUGGCUUCUUGGCAUGAGUUCUGA